AUGAGUCUUGAUCCAGCAGAACCACCUAUUCCUGAUGAUCCAGAAGAGGAAAUUAUUCCAUAUAUUGGACCUCCAAAAUUAUUGCCUGUUGAAAUUAAAACUGGAGAGGAGGAUUACGAAUGCAUAGGAGCCAUUAAAUGUAAGCUAUAUCGAUUUAAAGAUGAAGAAUGGAAAGUAAAUUUUCUAAUAUAUAAAAUAAAGUAACGGGGUUAAGGUAUCUUAAAAUUCUUACAACACAAAGUAACUAAGAAGUGUAGAAUAAUUAUGAGACAAGAUGCUACCUAUUUUAUUAGAGCAAAUCAUUUAGUUUAAGAAACUAUAAUUAAGAGUAUGUUUCAUCAAUUUGGAUAUGAAUGGUUUGGAUAGGAUAAUAGUGAUGGUGAAAUAAAAGUAUAAUAAUUUUGUGUAAAAUUGGAAAACGAGGAAGAUUUUAAUAAGUUCUAUCAAUAUUAUGAGGAAUGUCGUAUUUUUAAUAAAGAUGAAGAUUGA